AUGGACUCGACUCCAAUACGACCUACUGAAGUUGGUUCUCUCGCCGCUUCAGACCCGAAUGAAAGUGAAUUCCUUGGGAGCUCCAGCGGAGUAUUCUUCAUCAACACGGUAUUUCGAACAUUUGGAAAGAUACCGGUCGACUCGAAUCAGAGUGGUCAGGACGACGACAAUGUCCAAGAGCCUGAGAUUGUCAAGGACUACUUUUUCGACUCGGAGAUCUCUUCCAUUCGGAAUGACCAUGAUUUCAGACGGCCCUGGUCGAGCCAGCGGGCCCCGGCAUCGACAACAAUAUACGGCAUUGAUGAUCAGGGAAUGGGGGUAUCGCCUCCCAAAGAGCUCGCCAGGGAAAUGAUCCAAGUCUAUUUUCGCACCUGGCAUCCCCUCUUCCCGUUUCUGCAUGGCCCUUCUUUUCUCGACGACAUGGAAAGACUCUAUACCGAUCAAUUCCAUGUCGAGACCGUGCGACAGACUUCUUUUCGGCAGUCACUUUGUCGAAUGGCUAUCUACCAAUGCGUAUUCAACAUCUCGGCGCUGGGAACCACCACGGACCGCAAUUUCCUGCCGCCUCAGUGCAGAAUCGAUGCUAAUGCGACUCUACUCUCCUGGGCGGGAUAUAUUGCGACAGCCCAUGACCUGCUGUCUCUUCAAGCCUUGCUAGCGAUGCAGCUCUAUUUUCUAUCGAAGAUGUUUUUACGAGACGCGGCCGCCGUCGGUGGCCUGCUUUUCAAGACGUUGGUGGCUGCAGGGUUUCACCGAUGCCCUUUUCGUUCUGCACAGCUAUCUGCUUAUCAUUGUGACAUGAGAAAAAGAGUGUUUUGGAGUGCGUACGCCAUCGAUCGCUACCUCUCUCAGGCGCUUGGAAUGCCUUUUAUCAUGAGUGAGUCAGAUAUUGAUAUUUGCCCGCCCGGUACGGCCGAGUUGCACCGGCCAGUACGGACUCGCCACACAGAAGUGAGCUCGCCGGAAGAAGUGUUGGCACAUUUACCACUGGAUCACCCGACAUUAGGGACGACCAAGGCUCAAGAUGUCCUCACUCGUACAUCCGUCGACCCGGUGUCUCCUCUAGAAUCCGAACCUGGGAGGCACCCAAGACAAUUGGGUCAAGAGAUAGUCAACAAUUUUGUUGCAUGCUCUCGCCUCACCAGCCAGACCCUGUCACUGUUUCACAAAGCCAUUAGGAACCGGGUGAUAAGCAGGGAUAAGGUGCUUGACUUGACUUCCGAGGUGCAUGCAUGGUGGAAUGCUCUGCCUAACGAUCUUCAAGAAGACCAAAUUGUUCCUUCUGGCCAACCCAAGCCCACUUUGGCACCUUUCUUCAAGUUUCUGUACCACCAUUCUGUCAUUCUUAUCAACAGGCCAUUUCUAUCACUCCCCGCCACAAGCCCAGACUUUCGGUCCAGCUUGCAGACUUGCAUCAAUUCCAGCAGAGCCAUUCUUAGGUCUGUCCAGGAUCAUGUUAAACAGAAGGACUUCUUGCCCUGGCCGGGACUGCUUGCAGGCGUAUGGACUGCAGGGCUUGUUCUGGCUCUUGCCUGCAAGUUAAGGCUCUAUCCCCUUCUAAAGACUUAUCUCGAUCUCGACGUUUGUCUUUCUUUGCUGCAGGACAUGGGAACAAGAUGGGCCAACGCUCGACGAUGCCAUGCAUCCAUCAACAUGCUGCUUGAUGCUCUGAAGUCUCAGGCAGAGGGUGUCCCGUCUCCGACGACAAAUUUCUUUUCAACUUCUGCUUCAAAGGACCUCCCGACCCAACCGUCCUCGAUAUCUCAGAACAUAGAUGUGGCUUAUGGAGAUGAACGGGCCCCCAAGCGACAAAGAUACACCAGUCGACCCAACAAUCAAGAUCAUCUGUUGCCCUCUCUCACAGCAUCAGCUAGGAUGAUGGGCUCAGAUACCUACCACACGCAUCACUACCACCACGGUUCUUUCGCCAACGAGGCGCAGCCAGAUUUGACCAACGGAAGCGAACGAUUCCAGGAUUACACGGGGCCAAGCUUUGAUAUUGAUAUUGAACAAUUCAACAACCUAGAUCGAACUCAAAUCAUUCCGCUACCUGUUACCGAAGGUAACCUCUCAGACACAAGCGGCGUGUUCGGCAAUCUCAGCUGGGACUUUCUUGCCAAUGGGAGAGCAGCUUGA